GCGAGCGGUCGCACCACGAUGCCGCGCCCAGAAUGAGGACGCUACUACUGAUAUACUUCGCGACGUUAGUGCAGUGUGAAUAUAAGGGUGAUUUUGUGAAGCAUGUAAGACAUGGUGGGCGGACGUUGAUAAGGCAUGGCAGGUCCCGCGUGCAUUUCUCGCGGAUGCACUCCAGGGCCCGGGAUCUGGUCGCGCAAGUCAUCGAAGCGGAGAGAAGCAGUGAGUUAGAAAGCAUCGACAAAUCUGGAGAGGAUCCAGUGGUGUCAGCUUUACGACCGUACGGAGCGCCGGACGAUGACGACGGGUCUCCUAAGGAUAGCAUAGACACAUUCCAAAAGUUCUUCGGAAAUAUCUCCCAAAUCAGUCAUCCUACCCUAGAUUUCACGACAGAAGACGUGUCGUUACUAGACCAUCUCCUAAACGUAGAACAUAGCUACAAUAAUGACACACAAAGAAUGACAAUGGAUGACGUCAACACUGAAACUAAUAUAACAAAUGAAACGUUGAAUGAAGGUGAAAACGUCACAGUGUCAAGACCAAGUGUUCACGAGGAUGUAGUAACUAAAUUCCUAAGAUUGAUAGAAACGCAACAUUUGUUAGGAGAAAAUUGUACAGCUGGUACGCAUCUUAAUUUAGGAGAAGGCGUUGUUGAUAGAUACGCCCAAGAAAGAUUUAGAAUAGAAGCAGACGUAGCAGUAAAUAGAGCCAACAUGCUGACUAGACUUUGGAAAUACGCUGGCUCGACUGUGAUGCACAAUGAGUAUUUGCUGCACGCAAGCGUUUUUUCGAUGGUGGAGUUCGACGACGAUAUAUUUGCAGCGGGGAACUGUUACGACCAAUACCAAUAUAAGGAUUACCAACUGUUCUGCCCUUUCGCGUACAGAUUGCCGGAAGGGCCAAUAUUGGCGAAGGACUUGGCGGUGGAGUACAAAUAUUUGAGCAACACUUCGGAGUGGUUUUACAUCGCUCGCAAAAAUGCUGAACGCGUGAUUCGUAACCACAACCAAUUUAGAAGAGGUGAGUGGUAA